GUUGUUCAGUUCAUCUUCUGCGUCUUAGUCAAAUAGGCACGUUUGAAGUCUCCUUUCGGAAUCAAUUAGACCUAUACAUAAAGUAGAAUAAUUUUUUCUAGAAAUAUUAACAUUUUAAAGAUGAUAGCAAGGGCUUCUACCCUUUUUAGUUGGGGAAUUAUGAAUUCUCCCUUCACAAAAAACGGAAGAUCAUCAUUAUCAAUUGCGAUAAAGAGAGUGAUUUCUUCUGCCGCUGCUCAACUUGAUGAAAAUGCUGAACAAGGCACUAUCAAGGAAAUCGUUGAUAACGUUAGACCCCAAGAGCUUCUUCUGCAUAAGGUGCAUGUAGAGAAAGGUGCCAAAUUCACUAACUUCAAAGGAUACAAAAUGCCUAUCUCUUACAAAAAUGCAGAAUUUGCGAAUGAAGUUUUGUUCACGAGAAGAGAAACUUCAGUCUUUGAUGCAUCUUACAGGCCUCAGAUUUAUUUGCGCGGAAAAAACAUCUCUAAAAUUAUGGAAACAAUGGUAACAUCUGAUCUGCAAGAAUUGAAACCUGAUCAGGCUGUGGCAACUCUGAUGACCAAUCCUCGAGGAGGUAUUAUUGAUGACUUGGUAGUAACCAAACUAAACGAGAAUGAGUUACACAUUGUUGCGAAUACUCCCAAGGUUCUGAAAGAAAUCCAGAAAAAGAAGGCAAUGUUCGAAACUGAAGUACAGAUAAAAAUUCCUAAUGACAUGACCCUUUUGACAUUCCAAGGACCUGAAUGUUCUAAAUUGCUUCAGCUUUUGAUUUUGGACAAUGUACGUUGUCUUCCCUUUAUGCAUUCUCUCCAGGGAGAUUCAGUUUUCUGGACUGAAGUUGCGAGACUGACCCGUUGCAGCGAUACCGGAGAAGAUGGAUUUAUGAUGUCAUUGCCAGCUGCACAUGCUGAGGAAUUCUUAAAUUAUGCUGUUUCAAACAAUUCAGAGAACUUGUUACUUAUUGGAUUGCGAGCUCGAGAAGCCUUAAGAAUUGAAGCUGGACAUUGCUUAUCUGGAAUUGAUUACAAUGAAAAGAUAACACCUGUCCAAGCCAAAUUAGAUGGUCUUAUUGGAAAUAGACGAAGAAUUGAGGGAAAAUUCCCUGGAGCUGACAUAAUUUUGAAAGAGCUUAACGAUAAGUCACAUCCUAUUUUGAGAAUUGGAUUUGUGGCAAAUGACUCAUGCAAUGUUGGAGCUUCGAUCAUGGAUCCAAAAGGAAAUGUGAUAGGAAAAGUGACAAGUGCCUGCUUUUCGCCCUGCCUUCAACAACAUAUUGGCAUCGGAUAUGUGGCUACUGAAUUUGCUCAAAGUGGAAAAGAAUUGUUAUUUGAUAAAAAUAUUAAAGGCACCGCUGCCGAAAUGCCAUUGGUGAAGCAUAGAACGUAUACUAAUGUAAAUUUAUUUUGAAUGGUUCAUUUGAUGUUUGGGCUAGGUUGCAAUACUUUUUGCAGGUGCUGUUCCAGAUUUCAACGCCUUUGAAAUAUUGCAAGUGAUUUUGUGAUAGCAUAUAGUUGGUGAACAUGUGGGUACAGUGGGAUUGCUAGAGAUUACAAAUGAAAGAUUCAUGUGUUUUUUAAACCCGAAAUCAUCGUAAUUUGUUUAGGGAAUGAUUUCUUAUAAACAAAAAUUGGUAGUGUUGUGUAUUUUUAUUCGUUUGAUGGUUUA